UGUGCGCGCGCUCUGCCGCUCUGGGAGGAAGAUGGACCGGGAGGGAAAGUUGGGGUGACGCGCGCUGCCCCUGGACGCUCGCCAGGGGGCACGGAGGCGAGCCCGACAGAGCUGUGGCCACCUAGGCUGGGGGGCACUCAGUCUGGACACCACCGUCACUGUGCCCGCCCCCUCACUGCAGGUGGCAGUCGGAGCUCCGAGUCCUGGUGGCCCCGGGGGCGCUGGCGGGCGCGCGCGUCGGGAAGCCCGGCUGAGGGAUGGGCUGCGCACCCAGCAUCCAUGUCUCCCAGAGCGGCGUGAUCUACUGCCGGGACUCGGAUGAGUCCAACUCGCCCCGCCAGACCAGCAGUGUGUCGCAGGGCCCCAGGGCGCCCCUGCACGGCCUCUUCGUGCGGACCGACGCCUCCGACGCCAUGCCCCCGAGCCGUGCCGCGGGACCCCUAGGUGCUGUCCGAGUCCGCAGGUCCCGAGCUGAGCUGGGCAGUGGCAGCAGCACUGGGUCCUCGGGCCCCGCUGCAACCACCUGCCGGGGCCGGAGGCGCCACUGCUGCAGUAGCGCCGAGGCCGAGACCCAGACCAGUUACACCAGCGUCAAGCAGGUGUCUUCUGCGGAGGUACGCAUUGGGCCCAUGAGACUGACACAGGACCCUAUCCAGGUUUUGCUAGUCUUUGCAAAGGAAGACAGCCAGAGUGACGGCUUCUGGUGGGCCUGUGACAGAGCUGGCUAUAGGUGCAACAUUGCUCGCACUCCAGAGUCGGCCCUUGAAUGCUUUCUGGACAAGCAUCAUGAAAUUAUUGUGAUUGACCACAGGCAGCCCCGGAACUUUGAUGCAGAAGCGAUGUGCAGGUCAAUCCGGGCCACGAACCCCUCAGAACACACAGUAAUCCUGGCUGUGGUUUCACAAGUAUCUGAUGACCACGAAGAGGCCUCGGUUCUUCCUCUUCUCCAUGCGGGCUUCAACCGGAGAUUUAUGGAGAACAGCAGCAUAAUUGCUUGCUAUAAUGAACUGAUUCAAAUAGAGCACGGGGAAGUUCGCUCACAGUUCAAAUUACGGGCCUGUAAUUCAGUGUUUACAGCGUUAGACCACUGUCACGAAGCCAUAGAAAUAACGAGUGAUGAGCAUGUGAUUCAGUAUGUCAACCCUGCCUUUGAGAGGAUGAUGGGCUACCACAAAGGGGAGCUCCUGGGGAAAGAACUCGCUGACCUACCUAAGAGUGACAAGAACCGGGCAGACCUCCUGGACACCAUCAAUACGUACAUCAAGAAGGGAAAGGAGUGGCAGGGGGUUUACUAUGCCAGACGGAAAUCCGGGGACAGCAUUCAACAGCACGUGAAGAUCACCCCAGUGAUUGGCCAAGGAGGGAAAAUUAGGCACUUUGUCUCCCUCAAGAAGCUGUGCUGUACCACUGACAGUAACAAGCAGAUCCACAGGAUUCACCAUGAUUCCGGGGACAACUCUCAGAUAGAGCCACAUUCGUUCAGACACAAGAGCAGGAGGAAAGAGUCCAUUGACGUGAAAUCAAUAUCCUCCAGAGGCAGUGAUGCGCCAAGCCUACAGAAUCGCCGGUACCCCUCCAUGGCAAGGAUCCACUCCAUGACCAUCGAGGCCCCCAUCACAAAGGUUAUAAAUAUAAUCAAUGCAGCCCAAGAAAACAGCCCAGUUACUGUAGCAGAAGCCUUGGACAGAGUUCUAGAAAUUUUACGGACCACAGAACUGUACUCCCCUCAGCUAGGAACCAAAGAUGAAGACCCUCACACCAGUGAUCUUGUCGGAGGCCUGAUGACUGACGGCUUGAGAAGACUGUCAGGGAAUGAGUAUGUGUUUACAAAGAAUGUUCACCAGAGUCACAGUCACCUCGCCAUGCCCAUAACGAUCAACGAUGUCCCCCCUAGUAUUGCCCAGCUACUGGAUAAUGAGGAAAGCUGGGACUUCAACAUCUUUGAAUUGGAAGCAGUUACGCAUAAAAGGCCACUGGUGUACCUGGGCUUAAAGGUCUUCUCUCGGUUUGGAGUAUGUGAAUUUUUAAACUGUACUGAGACCACUCUUCGGGCCUGGCUACAAGUGAUUGAGGCCAACUACCACUCCUCCAACGCCUACCACAACUCCACCCACGCCGCCGACGUCCUGCACGCCACGGCCUUCUUCCUGGGGAAGGAGAGAGUGAAGGGAAGCCUCGAUCACCUGGAUGAGGUGGCCGCUCUGAUUGCUGCCACGGUCCACGACGUGGACCACCCCGGAAGAACCAACUCCUUCCUGUGCAACGCAGGCAGUGAGCUCGCUGUGCUCUACAAUGACACCGCAGUCCUGGAGAGUCACCACACAGCCCUGGCUUUCCAGCUCACCGUCAAGGACACUAAGUGCAACAUUUUCAAGAAUAUCGACAGGAAUCAUUAUCGGACGCUGCGCCAGGCCAUUAUCGACAUGGUUUUGGCCACGGAGAUGACAAAACACUUUGAGCACGUGAAUAAGUUUGUGAAUAGCAUCAACAAGCCACUGGCGGCCGAGAAUGAGGGCGGCGACUGUGAAUGCAACCAUACAGGAAAGAACUUUCCUGAAAACCAAAUCCUGAUCAAGCGCAUGAUGAUUAAGUGUGCUGAUGUGGCCAACCCCUGCCGCCCCCUGGACCUGUGCAUUGAAUGGGCUGGGAGGAUCUCCGAGGAGUACUUUGCACAGACAGACGAGGAGAAGAGGCAGGGGCUGCCUGUGGUGAUGCCGGUGUUUGACCGCAGCACCUGCAGCAUCCCCAAGUCCCAGAUCUCCUUCAUCGACUACUUCAUAACAGACAUGUUUGAUGCUUGGGAUGCCUUCGCGCAUCUGCCAGCCCUGAUGCAGCACUUGGCCGAUAACUACAAACACUGGAAAACACUGGAUGACCUCAAGUGCAAAAGUCUGAGACUUCCAUCUGACAGCUAAAGCUAAGCCAGGGGAG